CACCGUCGUCAUCGCAUCACGCGCGAGCUACGACCUGCUGGUGAUGCAGCUUCGCACGUCAUCCCGUGUCCAGCGAUGGCUACAGUCCACACACGAAGUAACGCUCGGGGAUGUUUGGACCGACUCGGACUCAGGUAUCCCCUUCCUGGACGCAUUUCCUCUGGUCUUCGGCUAUGUAUGUCCUGCUCUGCAGGUGCUCGACGUCACUCGCAUCCUGCGUCCUAAUAUGCAUCCGACUUUCCAUCGUGCCCUGCGUCAGUUCCAGCACAUUGUGACGUUACGGCUGUAUGAUGUCCAACUGAGC